AUGUCUUAUGCAUCCACUUACAAUGAUAUCGACCAAUCCCAUCAAAAGUCCCAGUCUCGGCCUUCCACUUUUUGGCAUUCUUGUUGUGGACCCCCCUGA